GGCCGCCAUGGCCGUGCCGGGACCGGGGCCCGGGCUGGGGCCGUACCGCGCCACGAGGCUGUGGAACGAGGUGACGCGCUGCUUCCGGGCCGGGAUGCCCGUGCGGCGGCACCGGCAGCGGCUCCGCUCGCACGGCAGCUGCUUCACGGCGGCCGAGGCCGCGGACUGGCUGCACCAGGUGCUCCGCAGCAACAGCAGCUUCGGGCCCGACGUCACCCGGCAGCAGACGGUGCAGCUCCUGCGGAAAUUCCUCAAAAACCACGUCAUCGAGGACAUCAAGGGCCGCUGGGGCGCUGAGAACCUGGAGGACAACGGUGCCCUGUACAGAUUCCCUCCAACCUCUCCAGUCAAACCUCUACCAAGCCCACCAAGGGAGAACUUGGAAAACUUCUCUGGAGACAAAGGAAAACUUUUUAAACUGCCCAGCUCAUCCAAAAGGGGUUUGAAGAAACAGGAGUUCCUGCAGUCUGUGGAAAACUUAGCAAGACCAAAAGCUGAUGUAGCAGAAGAAAAGAAGGAAGGCACACAGCAAAGGAGGGAAAUAACACAGGAAUAUGUGCAAGAAACAUGGAGAAAUAUCAUCCAGAUACAUCUGCAGACCAUUUUGGGACUGCCCUCGCUGGAGGAGGUUCUGCAGCCAGCCCAGAUCAUCCCUGAGUUUGUCAUGUACAACAUGAGCAACACCAGCAAACACGGCAUGGUCAUCCUGCAGGACAAAGCAGAAGACCUCCCUCACUGGGUGCUGUCAGCCAUGAAGUGCUUGGCCUACUGGCCCAGGAACAAGGACAUGAGCCAGGACACCUACAGUGGCUUUGAGCGGGACGUAUUCAGAACAGUUGCUGAUUAUUUUCUCAGUCUUCCUGAGCCAUUGCUUACUUUUGAAUACUAUGAGCUCUUUGUUAAUAUCUUAGUUUUGUGUGGCUACAUCCAAAUUCCUGAUCUGGGCAGUGGAAAUCGUUCUGUCCAAGAGGAGAAAUGUGACCCUCAGCCUUCAAAACCUCCUCACUUGAACUCUUUCAAGUCCACUGAGUGUCUUCUCCUAAGCCUGCUCCUCAAAGAGUCUGACAAGAAGGAGAAAGGAGAAGCUUCCAGGAGGUUUUCCUCAGAGGAGCUGAGAGCCCAAAAGCAGCACGGACAGAAAUGGCAGCAGCACAAACUGCCACAAGGGAGUGCUGGGAGCCUGAUAGGAGGGAGCUGCCAGAACCUUGCAGGACCCGGGAAUGCCCAAGAGCCACCUGGAGCGUUUAGGACAAGGUGUUACUCCUUGGAGAGAAUUGGAGCUGCUGCUUCAAGUGUGUGUGAUAAAGGAGGACGUGCUCCCCUCGGGGCAGGUGUGAGCACCAGCACGAGCAGUGGAGAGCUGCUGGAGGAGCACAGAGGGGCCUCGGUGCUGGAGCUGGGCUGGGGCAGCUCAGGCCCGGCCCAGGGCCUCGGGAGAGCGCCUGGCCCGUGUCCCUGGGCCGAGCAGCUGCGGGGCGGCAGCCGGGGGCCCCCCCUGAGCCUGCUGGGCAGGAGGAGCUCCGGGAGCUGCAGUGCCAUCAACAGGCCCAGCGCUGAGAUCACAGUGCAGCCCCGGGGGCAGGGCACGGCCAUCAGCGUCCAAAGGAGGCUCUGCAGGAGCAGCACCGAGCUGGCAGCACGCUCUGCCCCCCCCUCCCCCUGUGUGCUGCCUGCCACAAAUCUGCUGCAGCCUCACCUGGAGAGGGUUGCAGUGGAGGCCCUGCAGAUCUGCUGCCUGCUGCUGCCCCCGGCGAGGCGCAGGAAGCUGCAGCUGCUGCUCAGGAUGAUGAACAGGAUCAGUGGCAACGUCGACAUGCCGCGGCUGCACGAUGCCAUGGGCACCAGGUCCCUGCUGAUCCAGACGUUCUCCCGCUGUGUCCUGCGCUGUGCAGAGGAGGAGGACCUGGAUGAGCUGCUCUCCACACGCCUGCUGUCCUUCCUGAUGGACCAUCAGCAGGAAAUACUCCAGGUCCCAGCUUACCUGCAGCUUGCUGUGCAGGAUCACCUCGAGUACAUGAGGAAGGCUCAGUGCAAACAGGAAAAAGAAGAAAUUUGUGCCAUCUUGCCAACGUAUUCCUACUGCAAACAAAUCACUCCUCAGGAGUUUGAAGAACAAAAGGUCUCCACCUCACAGGCUGCAGUGGCAGAGCUCCUGGAGAACAUCAUCAAGGAUAAAAACCUCUCUGUGAAGGAGAAAAAGAAAAAGUUAAAACAGUUCCAGAAGGAAUACCCCCAGAUCUACGGGAGCAGGUUCCCAAGGACGGAGUCGGAAGCGCAGCUCCUGGAGAACAAACCCACCCUCAAGCAGCCCAUGCUGAGCCUCAGGAAACCCAAAUUCCGCAGCCUCAGGUACUGAUUUCACCCUCCUGAGCCACCUCUCCCUGCCUGGAGUCUGAGGGAUUCACCAGAGGAAUUGCUGCAGGAGUUUGGUGCUUGCUGUGCUGUGGAAGGAGGAAAUGUUUACAUGGACACUGUGCUGGAAGGUGCCAAAACACCUUUUUUGGUGCAGAUACUUUGGAAUAACUUCUAAAAGAAAAAUAUUUAUCUGUUUACAAAUUACUACAAUAUAUCGGAGUAGGAAAAUGUAAAAAUACACAUAAAGCUGUUGUUAACCAAGAAUUUAUAUAUAUUUUUAAUGGGAAACUAAUGAUGUGCCUCUUGUUAUAACCUUUAAAUGUCUGUCAGGAAUUUGUGCCAUUUAUUGUAGGUUUUACAUGUGUGUGUUGUGACUAAGUGCCUUUUCUAUUCUCAAAAUGUUUGUCUUUAAACAAAGGAGCUUCUAUGAGUUCAGAACCAGGAGAGCCAGUUCACCAUAAAUAAAUGAUUAUCUCACUCCAUAAAUGCUUCUGUUCACACUCCAUAAAUGCUUCUGUUCAUAUCAUCUGUAAAACCCUCAUCAGCUUUUUGAUAUUUAUUUAUAUUAAAAGACUUGAAGUGUAUUUCUGCAUUUUCAUGGAAAAUUCAUUUUGGAUCUGUUGGUGAGAUUCUCAAAAUAGGAGUGAUGGAUGAUCCAUGAAGUGAGAACAGAAUAUACUAAUUUUCCCUAUUUUUCCCAGAGUUAGGGAUUUACCUAAUAAUUAUGAUAAGAUAAAGGUUCCCCCACAGGAGUUGAAAUCUGCAGGA